AUGGAGACGAGCAAGGCGAAUCUUGGCGAAGAUCAUCCCUCCACGCUGACGAGUAUGGCCAACCUGGCAUCCACGUAUUGGAACCAGGGCAGAUGGAAAGAAGCUGAGCAGCUUGACGUGCACGUAAUGGAGACGAGCAAGUCGAAGCUCGGCGACGACCAUCCUGACACGCUGUCAAGCAUGGCAAAUCUGGCGUCGGCGUACCGCAACCAGGGCCGAUGGGAGGAGGCGGAGCAGCUUGAGGUGCAGGUGAUGAAGACGAGCAAGAUGAAGCUCGGUGAGGACCAUCCGGACACGCUGUCAAGCAUGGCUAACCUGGCAUCGACGUAUUGGAACCAGGGCCGGUGGGAAGAGGCGGAGCAGCUUGAGGUGCAGGUGAUGGAAACGAGCAAGACGAGACUGGGCGAGUACCAUCCUGACACGCUGGCAAGCAUGGCCAACCUGUCGUUGACGUUCUCGAGUCAAGGCCGAUGGGAGGAGACCGAGCGGCUCAACGUUCAGGUAAUGGAGACGAGCAAGACAAAGCUCGGCGUGGACCAUCCCUCUACGCUGACGAGUAUGGCCAACCUGGCGUCGACUUACCGGAACCAGGGGAGAUGGGAGGAGGCCGAGAAGCUCAACGUUCAGGUAAUGGAGACGAGCAAGAUGAAGCUCGGCAACGACCAUCCGGACACGCUGUCAAGCAUGGCCAAUCUGGCGUCUACGUACCGCAACCAGGGCCGAUGGGAGGAGGCGGAGCAGCUCGAGGUACAGGUGAUGGAGACGAGCAAGACGAAGCUCGGCGAGGAUCAUCCCUCUACGCUGGCGAGUAUGGCAAACCUGGCAUCCACGUACCGGAACAAGGACCGAUGGGAAGAGGCCGAGCAGCUCGAGGUGCAGGUGAUGGAGACGAGCAAGGUGAAGCUUGGCGAGGAUCAUCCCUCUACGCUGACGAGUAUGGCCAACCUGGCGUCUACGUAUUGCAACCAGGGCCGGUGGGAACAGGCCGAGCAGCUUGACGUGCAGGUGAUGGAGACUCGCAAGAUGAAGCUCGGCGAGUACCAUCCUGACACACUGUCAAGCUUGGGCAACCUGGCAUCGACGUAUUGGAACCAGGGCAGGUGGGAACAGGCCGAGAAGCUUGACGUGCAGGUGAUGGAGGCUCGCAAGAGGAAGCUGGGCGAGUUUCAUCCCUCUACGCUGGCGAGUAUGGCCAAUCUGGCAUCGACAUAUUGGAAGCAGGGCCGGUGGGAUGAGGCCGAGCAGCUUGACGUGCAGGUGAUGGAGGCUCGUAAAACGAAGCUCGGCGAGUACCAUCCUGACACGCUGUCAAGCAUGGCCAACCUCGCUUUCACCUGGAAAUCGUUAGGGCACGAUUCCAAGGCCAACACUUUACUACGGGACUGCAUUGCCAAACAGAAGCAGAUAUUAGGGCCAAUCCAUCCGGGCACUUUAUCCAAUUCCGAAACGUUGCUGGAAUGGGGAAGAGAGCGCCGACGUCUGAAUGGCUAG